AUGAUUGGAGGUUGGAAACCUUUAGAUUUAAAUUCAAAAGAAGUUCAAAAUCUUGGUAUGAAAAUUGUAGAAAAGUAUAACUCUGAAUCAGAUGAAGAUGUAAAAUUUAACAAAGUAUCAAAUGCACUUCAGCAAAUUUCAUCAAAAACAAAUUACAGGUUGAUAAUUCAAACAACUUUAAUAGAAGAUAAUGGAAAAACGGGAAAAAUAAAAUAUCUUGAUGCAGGUAUUUUCCAACAACCAGGAUCAAAUAUUGAAGAAAUAGAUAUUAAAGUUUUAAAACCAUUUGAAUUAUAA